CUCCAAUCAGUGUGGUCUGCAUGUCUUUAUCAGCCGCCGGCUGACCGGGCCCUCAUUGUGUCACUUUACUCCAUUCUUCCGCCGACACCCGUGGAUAAGUAGCUGCAGCGGCCCGGCACGGAAACUCUGUCUCCGGCUGUAACUAUGGCCAGGACUGAUUUCUGCGACUCCAUGCCCCUGCUGGACUUACACAAGAAGUUUUGUGCUUUCAGAAGAACUGCGUUCACCUGGUCUGCUCCCAGGUGUCAGGGAGUCCCUGAUUAGAUGGCUGAGGCCUUGUGCCUUGAUGACAAGUGAACAAUUGUGCGGAUGAGAGACGAGCCCCGUUAAGAGCCUGGGCUAAUGCCUGUGGGCCGAAAGAUCGCUGGCAGGCCGUAGAAGUAGAGGAACCAAGGAUGACUUCUGUCAAAAUGGAGACGGAACACAGAUGGGAAAGGAGGUUAUCAACGCAAACAAAUGAAGGCAUCCUCCUGGGGUUCCACGAAGACAGUCAAACAUGUUCAUCUGCAGCAGGCUGUGUGGAGGAGCCUGCGCUUCUUCACCCUCUUGGUCUACAGGGUCUUCACAGCCUGCAGGCACUGGUGCCCAGCCUGCUGCGCCGUGAAGUGGAGUUGGCACUGGAGAAGUUGGACCUCAUAUGGGACCGGACGUACGCUUGGGACUUGUUCUUGGAAAUGAUGAGAAGUCAAACACAAAACUCGUUUCCCAACGCUGACCUGCCCCGGCAUUUUACGGAUGCCACUCGUGCCGUUCUGGUAGACUGGCUAAUUCAAGUUCAUGAGAUGAUGCAUUUUCAGGAAGAGACCCUUCAUCUGACCAUCCACCUCAUUAACCGCACUCUGCGUCAGAUCAAAGUGACCACGGUCAACCUGCAGCUCCUGGGCAUGGUUUGUCUCUUCAUUGCUGCAAAAAAGGAGGAGUGCCUCCUCCCUGAGGUCUCUGCACUGUGCUUUUUGAUGGACCACACCUACACUAAGCAUCAGCUCCUGCGAAUGGAGCGUAAAGUCCUCUGUGGGCUGAAGUUUGAUUUGUCCUACUGUUCCCCUCUACAUUUCCUCAUCCUACUUGCCUCUGUUGCUCGCUGCAGUGCUAAGGUGGUGUGGAUGGCCCGCUAUCUGCUGGAGCUGUCUCUCCUUGAAGGCCAAUGUGUGGCGUUUCUCCCCACGCAGCUGGCUGGAGCAACCCUCUGUCUGUCCCGCCAAGUUUUGCAGGAGCCCCCGACACCGGAAGGGGAAGCCGCCUGGUGCCUGGCCUCCAGCGUCAAUGUUGGCAGUGAAACUGCCCUUCUGAGGAUCAUGCACAUUUUGGCCAGUGCCGUAGCCAAGGCUCAUAAUCGAGAAACCUGUGCUACUUUUAUUAAAUUCUCCUCCCCAGAGACCAUGCAUGUCAGCAGACACCCAGGGUUGAAUAAUGCCCCAAGUCUGCUGGGCAUGUGCACAUGACAUUGAUAACUUCCAUGGACUUAUUUAUACAAAGCCUCAAGGUAGAGACUCAAGACCAGUUUCACUUGGGGACUUCACUUCAUUGUGGUCAAAGACUGUAAAUUGUAUGCUACAGAUCUUGAUGAAUAACCGUUGACAUUGAAAUGAGUGAGGAAGAAGUAUGAUGGAUUGAAUACCAAACACUGAUAAAGAAUUGCAUGAAUGGUGCAUUUGUGGGAUUUACUUAGUGUCAAACAUGUUUUAUGAUCUUAUCUUGCAGCCGAUUUUGAAAAUAUUUGAAUUGUAUUGAUGUGUCCUUGUCUUGUCAGUUUUGAAGAGGAUGUGGGCUGUCUACCAAGUUAUAUCUAAAUUUUAAUGUAAAAUAAAGUGUCUGCUGCAACAUU